UCGGCCCCUCGUUCUCUUCGCUAAUAAAAUCCACCCCCCUCUUCCGCAAUCUUCGGGGAGCUUGACGAGAAAGAAGAAAAAUUAGAAACCCUAGAAAAUGGUGGUCUGCUCCACCGCGGUGGCCGUGCCAUCGUCGUGCAAUCUCGGCCGUUCGAUCUCCCUUGAACCCUCCAAGCUCUCCUCCUCGAGAUGGCUGCAGUUGACGCCUCUCCGCCGCCUUCCGACGAGGAGCCGGAAGCUGUCGGCGGUUCCUCAGCGCGGAAUAAUUCCCCAGGUUGAAGCAAAGAAGCAAACAUUUUCUUCAUUUGAUGAAUUGUUAGAAAAGUCUGAUAAGCCUGUGUUGGUUGAUUUUUAUGCAACCUGGUGUGGCCCAUGCAAAUUCAUGGUUCCUAUUCUUGAACAAGUGGGUGAACAACUAAAAGACAAAAUCCAAGUGGUCAAAAUUGACACAGAGCAGUACACAAGCAUUGCGAAUCAGUACAAAAUUGAAGCACUGCCUACAUUCAUCAUUUUCAGGGAUGGGAAGCCCUGUGAUCGCUUCGAAGGAGCAAUGCCUGCUCAUGCGCUCAUCCACCGCAUUGAGAGUGUUCUUGCAGUCCCCCAAUAACAUACAUGGCAUAAAGUAUGAACUGGAUGGGUGUUCUAUAAACAUGUCUGAGGAGGUGAGGUGUUGGAAUGCAGGAUGAUUCCUCCAAGAGAAAAACCAUAUGACAAAAGCAUAUAGUCCUUUCUUUUCAACUUUGUAUCACAUAUAAUACUUUACCAUUGAUUUUGUCUGAAGUUUCCUUGUCUGCUAUACUGGCCUCACCAUAUUAAUUAAAUCGUGAGACUGAAAUGCCAUGUAAAUGUUAAAUUCUGUUUGUUCUGAAUGUGCGAGAAUAGCUGUACUGGGAAUAUGUUAAAUGAAGGGAGCAGUUUCAAGGAUCUA